CCAAUGCCACACCUUCUCUCUAGAAGGGGAAGACCCUUAUGAUCACUUGACUGCUAACUCUGCCUCUUUAGAUUAACCCUUUCAAGCCUCAACAUUUCUUUAGGCCUUUGGUGGGAGAAAAAAUGGCUGAGCCUGCAGAUGGGAAUGCAAGAAGGAAGGGGGUGAUACUGACCAAGUCAAUCGUGUACGGAAAUAUCGCCAAAUAUUUUGGUAAGAAACGUGACGAAGACGGACACACCCACGCAUGGACCUGCUACUUCAGACCAUUCAAGAAUGAAGACAUGUCUACAUUCGUACGGAAGGUUCAGUUCAAACUGCACGAGAGCAUUCCUAACCCAAUAAGAGUGAUCACCAGACCUCCUUAUGAAGUAGGCGAGACCGGAUGGGGAGAAUUUGAGAUCAUUAUCAAAGUGUUCUUUGUGGAUCCAUCAGAAAAACCACUGACAAUCUACCACCUGCUGAAGCUCUUCCAGAACGAUCCAGCCGUCAUCUCAGGAAAGAAGAAUGUUGUCUCCGAGCAGUACGAUGAGAUAGUGUUCACAGACCCCACUAGUACCAUGUACCGAGUGCUCACCUCCCCCAAGUCUAUGGUGCCAGCUGUACGUCACGAGCCGGGCAUUGACUAUAAGGACAUGGAAGAGAAGGCACUGACUGUCCUCAACUCAGCUCAAAAGAAAAUCAAACUGGAGAUUCAUGAUCUGAGUGAGCAGCUCAAAGCCAGCAGAGAGAGCACUGGGAAGCUAAAGGACCAGAUAGAACAAGCUGAAGAUGACACUUAGUCUUAGCAGUUAUAGAUUCUCUCUGUUACCAUUUUUCAGUUUGUCAUUAAUUUCUGUAAAGCACACACAAACAGAUACAAAGAAAAUCAUCAAAUUAUAAUUGUGAAAAUGAAA